AUGGUUGGCACGCGAUGGUACGCUCAUCUGUUGAUGAUGUUUUACCUCACGUUCGCUCCGGUACUCGGUCAGCCAUCGUCCGCCACAUCGGUCGUCUUCGAAAGUCUGUUCGAUGAGCUGAGCUACCUGAUGCGCACGGGCCCUAAUGCAUCCGUGCCGAUACCGGAGGCGAAGCGUAUUCGAAAGGAGUACGACUUUGUCGUGAUUGGCGCUGGUUCGGGCGGUUCCGUCAUGGCCAACCGUUUGAGCGAAGUUCCCGAAUGGAGCGUACUGCUGCUGGAGGUGGGCAAGGAGGAAAACAUUGUCUCGAACGUGCCACUAACGGCGGGGCUGACAACGGCUACAGGAUACAGCUGGGGAUACCGAUCCGAUCCAAUGCGCAACGCGUGCAAGGGUCUUGAGCAAAGCGUUUGUUACUGGCCGAAAGGGCGCGGUUUGGGCGGUACGAGUCUGAUCAACUUCUUGCUGUACGGCCGCGGCCACCAGCGUGAUUAUGACGAAUGGGAACAGGCGGGCAACUACGGCUGGGGAUAUCGGGACGUGCGGAAGUACUUCGAGAAGGCGGAGAAAAUUAAAGGAAAGUAUGACAACCCACAAGGCUAUCUGCACAUAGAGGAGAGCUCGUUUGAAACACCGCUGUUGAAACGAUACUUCGAAGCAGGCAAAAGCUUCGGCUACCGGCGCAUCGAUCCGAACGAUCCAGUGCAGCUGGGGUUCUACAAGGCACAGGCCACAAUGGUUAACGGCGAACGUUGUAGUGCAGCCCGUGCGUACUUGAAACCGGUCGCCUAUCGGUCCAACCUGGACAUCUCGACGCACUCGUGGGCUACCAGAAUCUUGAUCGAUCCCCUCACAAAGACCGCUUUUGGAGUGGAGUUCACCAAGAACAAGCGUACCUACACGGUUCGUGUGCGGAAGGAGGUCAUUCUGGCGGCUGGGGCGAUUGCCUCGCCCCAGUUGCUGAUGCUGUCCGGUGUCGGACCUCGCGAACAUCUGCAGCAGCUGGACAUUCCGGUAAUCAAGGAUCUGCGCGUGGGCUACAACCUCCAGGACCACCAGACACUCUCCGGCUUGGUGUUCACCGUUAACCAGCCCGUCACCAUCCGGGAGCGAGACAUGCGCCGGCCGGUUAACUUUCUUCGCUAUCUACUGGGACGCAGCGGUCCCUUCACCGUGCCCGGGGGCGCAGAAGGCAUUGCCUUCGUGAAGACGAAUAACUCCCGCUCGCCGGACGACUAUCCAGAUGUGGAGCUGGUGCUUGGAACGGGCGCGGUCAACAACGAUGAGUCUGGUGCACUGCGUUACACGUUCGGGAUGACGCGCGAGUUCUACGAACGAUCGUUCGGAUCGGCUCGUGGUCAGCAUGCGUUCGGCAUUGCACCUGUGCUGAUGCGCCCGAAAAGUCGCGGCCGGAUAUGGUUGAAGAGCCGCAAUCCGUACCGAUGGCCACACAUGGAAGGUAACUUUUUCGACCAUCCCGACGAUCUGGUCACGAUGGUGGAGGGCAUCAAGAUGGCGGUACGUAUCGGCGAGUCCGACAGCUUUGCUUCGUACGCGGCGAAGCUGCUCAAUACACCGUUCUAUGGCUGUGAGAAGCAUCGUUUCCGAUCCGACGAUUAUUGGCGCUGCUGCUUGCGGCAGGUUGGGGCCAGCAUUCAACAUCAGUCCGGCACGUGCAAAAUGGGCCCGGCAGGCGAUCCAGAGUCGGUAGUCGAUCCCGAACUGCGCGUGCACGGUGUUAACGGGUUGCGAGUGGUGGACGCUUCCAUCUUCCCGGUCAUACCAUCGGCCCAUACGAAUGGUGUCGUUAUAAUGGUCGGCGAAAAGGCGGCCGACAUGGUGAAGGACUUUUGGAACAAUCAAAUUCACUAA